UGCUUGUCUACAGUACGUGUUCUCCCGUACGGCUGUGCCUGAACACACGUGUACACAUAUUCCGUAACAAGGCUGAAGCAGAGCAGUGAUAAUCUCUUGUUGCCUUUCUCUCUGAAGCUUGCUCGCUGCUCUAUAGCUCCGCUCUUGGAUGAGAGACGCUUGACAUUAUUGGACGUCGUCACCCCGUGUCCAAAAGUGUCCCGGGCGGUGAUUGGUUUAGUGGGCUUUUAAUGUUAUUCAUACGCCUCUGGUUUGUGUGUGUGUGUGUGUGUGUCUGUGUGUGUGUGUGUGUGUGUGUGUGUGUGUGGGCGCAUGGUGAUGUGAUGUGAGGACUUUGUGAAGAGCCCGUCGUUAUACAAAAAACAGAGAGUGUAUGAAAGUAGUGCGCAAUAGCAACCACGAGCGUUCUGAUAGUAAGCCACAGACCAUGACGCGCCGCAGCACCUUUACGCACGCGACACGUCAACAGUUUGCAAAUAAUUACACCAAUUAAGAUUUUUCGGCGAGAAAAUAACAAUGUUUUAGAUUUUCCCGUACUCACAUUUUGGAUACAAACGCGGGCUGUCUGAGUGGACGUGGACUGAGAGAACACUAGCCACGCGUGGUACAGACGCAGCGAUGGAGGAGCAGAGGGACCUUAACAGCACGGAUAGCAGCGGGGAGGAGAGCGUCUCGUCGUCUCCCAGCCUGCCUUCGCCGCACAUGUUGCCUCUGCAGGCCGCCCACCAAGCCCACAGAACCACCAACUUUUUCAUUGACAACAUUUUGAGGCCAGACUUUGGCUGCAAGAAGGAGCACGAGCUGGGCCCACGGGACAGGGCGCAGACGUCCGGCCGCGAGCAGAUCAGUAGACCGAGCUUCAACCUGACGCCGUGCCACGACUCCAACGACAGCACGUCGUCCUCCACCUCCCUGACGAGUCCGAAGAAGAGCGGCGGCGGAGCUGCGACGGUCGCCGUCGUGUCCACCGGGAACAGUGGCGUGAAGGGCGAGGAGAGGACCGGCAGCGGCGGCGGGGAAAACGCCUCCUCGCUGGUGGUGCUGAACGCUACCGGGGUUCCGACACCGGAAACCCAACCCCUGCUCUGGCCUGCGUGGGUCUACUGCACGCGCUACUCAGACAGACCUUCAUCUGGCCCAAGGACACGGAAACUAAAAAAGUCGAAAAGCGGCAAAGAGGACAAGCGGCCGCGCACGGCCUUCACCGCCGAGCAGCUGCAGAGACUGAAGACGGAGUUCCAGGUGAACCGCUACAUCACGGAGCAACGGCGGCAGUCUCUCGCGCAGGAGCUAAACCUCAACGAGUCCCAGAUCAAGAUCUGGUUUCAGAACAAGCGGGCCAAAAUCAAAAAGGCCAGCGGCUUCAAAAACGGGCUGGCGCUGCAGCUGAUGGCGCAGGGACUGUACAACCACUCUACCACCACCAUUCAGGAGGACAAGGAGGACAGCGACUGAGAAGCGGAGGACACACGGCUACAUGCGUUGUAUACAUUAUAAAUAAUAUCUAAUUUAAUGAUGAGACUGGGGAGGGAGUUUGAGAUGGAACUGUGCCCGCACUCACCUCCCUCUCCUGCUCCUUCGAAGUGACUACGGCGUAAUAAACGGACCUUUUGUUGUUUCGAAUUGAGCUGCCACCGUAAAACCAAAGAUUUUAUCGGAACCACACCCUGGACAGUUUGAUAAACGAGAAGUAAAACACACAGCAGCGGCCCCGUUCCACAGCCAUAGCGUCGGCGUCUCCUGUGCAAUUCUGCGCCCACGUUACUCUGGCUGCAGCCGCACACACGAGCCCAGCGGCCACGACACACCACAACAACCCGACAGCGCGACAGAAAUCACCAGAGUUGUGUGAUUGUGUGUUAGACAAGCUGACUUGUACGGAAACUAAUAAUCCUAUUGUCAAAACUGGACAUCUUGGCCACAAGACGCCACGCUGACGACGCAGAGAACUCUCCCAAUCACUUUACUUGGAAUCAAAUUAGCGAAACAUUUAUGAAAAUCUGAAAAUCAUACACUCCCGAAAGGUGACCGCCUUACACACGUCCGCAUUGUCUUUAUGGAACCUUAUUUAUAACUACUCCAGUAUUUUUUGUUUGUUUUUUGUUAGUGUGAGGAAGGUUUAGAAACACAGAACAUUAAAUGUCAGUGUUUUUGUGUUCAACACUCACACACUCUUUAUUGCAUAUUACUUUCCUUUGUAUAGAUUGGACACUUUUAUCAUGACGAUAAAAUUACUAAACAAGUAAAUAUACAGAACGCUUCCACUGUAUUCAGCAACUCACUGCUGAACAUUUGGCCCCAGUUGUUGCCUUAUUGUGACAGGUAAAGGUGCAGAGGCCUGCAGGCCAGCAGACACACUGCAAACAGCGCCAGAUGUGAUAUAUGCUGUGCAUUAAAACCAUGUUUCCAAAUAAACACUUUUCUAUUGGAAAAAAAAGAAAAAUCUCCAAUUUCUUAGUAGAUGACACCGAAUAUUCAAUUAAUAUAUGGACGUGAUUGUCCGUGAGCGCGCUCGUGUGUGGGUCGCAGCCCAUUGGUUCAAGUGAGUGGGACAACUGAAUCCAUAUUCAUAGGUGUUUGGAAAGGAGGUGAAUUUACACUGCUUGCUGCGCCGCUAUCAGCGCUGUUCAAAGUGUUGCAGAGCAUGAAAUUGCUUCCCGGUCUCUCUGUGUUCACACAUUUCAUCAGCCAGCGCUCCGCAGUCCUCACAAAAAUACACAAGCUAUAGCAGGGAACCUGGAGCGAGCGGCAAACAGCGGCGUGGCAUUUCUGCCUUUCACUGCCCAAAUAAGCUAAAGAAGCAGCAAUUCAUAAAAUAUAUAACACAGAAAUAUUAAAAAACAACACGUAGAAUAAUGGCAAAUAUGGGAUUUUAAAUUCUAUGUGUAUUGUGUGUAUAAACAAAGCCAGGCCUGCUAAUUAAAUUCUCAGAUAUUUGAAACAAGACAUUUCUAGUAUAGGCUUUGACAAAAAUAUGACAUAAGGUCUCCGUUACCCUUCAGUUAAAAUAUUGGCUCAACCAUUUGGGUUGAGUAUACCAGGUUUGACAAUGAUUAUAAAAUAAAUACAGUUCUUAAAAUAAAUUGUAUACUUAAAAUCCUAGCUGAAAACCAUGUGGAUAUUAGUGCCAGUUUUUAGAAAAAAUAAUUCUACCACGUGUCAAAUGUUUUAAAUUUACCAGGUGUUUUAUAACAAAAGGCAUUCAUAGUUUAAAAUCACUGAAAUUCAGAUAAAUCAAUGAUCACUUUAAUAUCAUCUAACUAUCUGCCCACUUAACACAACAAGUUUAUAUUAUUCAUUGUACAGAUUUUAUUUGUGUUUCAAGUGUGGUAUUGAGGAAAUUUUGGUAAAAUGUCAGAAUUUCAGCUGCAUCACAAACCAUAUUUUUAUGUAAACAGAGAUAGAUAGAUAACUUAGAGUAUACUUUGCUUUAACAGCUGCUCAGAGUAUCUUAGAUGGUAAACUGAAAACAUGUUGCUGCAGCUGCUGCUGACAGCAGUCCACUGUGUAAUUAUUUUGGACCAAAUUACUUAUUGAGUGAGCAUCUUCCCAAUGACCCAGUCAUUUCCUCCAGCCUGGAGGUCAUCUGUCAUCCGCAGCUUCAUACUUUUUUAUAGGAAGUAUUUCUCUCCUCUGUAAUGACUCCGGAGCCAUUCCAAAGACUACCCCCACCCUCCAAUGUCUGAAAAAAAGAGGGUAAGAAUUUGAAAUCAAUUUGUCAAAUUCAAAGGUAAAUGUUCUGACAAGCUGACUGGAUCUUUGCCUCUACUUGUUUUCUUUUACUCUGCUGCUCAUUUCAGAUCUGUGAAGACUAGAAGUUGAGAGGCAUUUACUGCCUCUGGCAGUAGGUACAGUGAUACAGUCACUCAUUUCAGAUCUGCAUUUUAUUCCAUGCAUGCUUAAUUGCACAAUAAAGACAUAUGUGUGAGAUAUAACAAGUUUAUGCAAUGACAGAUUACCAGCAUUGUGAUAUACAAUCCCAUUUCUGAUGAAGUUGGAUGAUGUGUAAAACCUAAAUAAAAAAGAAUGCAAUUAUUUGCAAUUCUCAUCAAUCUAUAUUAUUUUAAUUUAAUAUAAUGUGGUCAAAAUAUCAGAUGCUGCAACUGACAUAUUAUUAUAUCAUGGAAAAUAUGAGCUCAUUCUGAGGUUGAUGGCAGCAACACAUCAUAACCAAGUUGAUGUUUAUUAUUAUGUAGCAGCAGCUGCUCUUUUAACCACUGCCUAGAAAAACAUAUGGGAAGUAAAGACAUUAGUUGCUGGAGUAUUAGCAAAGAAAUGUUUCCUCAUCCUGAUCUGAUGCAGGUAAUCAUUCCUGGGUCUUUGUUGCCAUAUAUUUUGUUUAAUAGGACACCAUCGGGCCAGUUCAGCACUGUUGCUGCCGCACUGUUGUGUUGGAUAAUAUGUAUGUCAAUAUUGUCAUGCUGAAAUAUGCAAGAAAGAGACGCUGAUAUGCAUAUGGAGCUGUUGCUCUAAAAUCACUAAAACACAUGUCACUUUCAACACAUUAACUUAACUUACAGCCCAUAUCCCAUAAACCAUUAGAGCUGUAGGCUUUUGAACUGUCCACUCAUAACUCUACACAACACUCUAGAUGGCCCUGAGUUUCUUUAAUCUACUGUUCAAUUUCAAAUUUGGAUUCAUCUGAGCAAUUUUCUAAUAUAUAACCAUAACGUGCGUUUGUGAAUUGCACAGCAAACUGUGUCAUAUUCAGUAAUUUUUGGAAGUCUUCCAAGAUCACAUAUAUCCAGUUUAGAUCUGUAUCCUUCUCCCUUACACACAAAGACCUAAUCCAACAAAUUCUGACAAAUAAUUGUAAUUUUACUGUAUAUGGUGGAAUUUUCUGUUGAAGAACAUUCUUCUGAAAUUGUUCCAUAAUUUAAGGACCCAGUUUGUUUCAGAUUUAUCAACCCUUGUCUGGCUUUCAUAAAGAGGCUGUGCUUCUUAUACCCUGUCAUGUUACUGACCCAUUGCUAGUUUCCCUAAUUAAUUGUCAGAUGCUUCUCCUGUUUUUGAUUUUGGGCAAUUACCCUGAGCUUUUUGCUCCUGUUCCAACUUUUUUGAGAUGUGUUGCUGCCAUGCAUCCAUCCAAGCAUCCGUCUAUCAUGCUAGGACCUGGAGCCUAUCCCAGCUGUCACUGAGCAAGAGGCGGGAUAUCCUGGACAGGUCGCCAGCCCAUCACAGGGGUGGUGCUCUCAUUAAAUUAAAAAUGAGCUAAUAGUUCCUAGUCUUAGUUUCAAUAAGUAAUAUGUUGUUUUGAAGUUGUGAAUAAAUGGGAUAUAAGUAGAAUUGCAUAGAUUUUGUUUAUGUUUUACACAUUAUCAAUAAUUUUGUAAUUGGGGCUGUAAACAGACAGACAGACAGACAGACAGACAGACAGACAGAGACACCAACACUUCAAAUACAAAAAAUAUAUACAAUAUGAAUUUUUUAUUUUGUACAUUUGAUUAGCAAUGCAAUUUUUGGCAUUUUUUUAUCGAAAGAAAAUAAUGCAUACAUUUACACAAUAAAAAGCUGUCUGUAAUAGUUACAUUUAAUAAACCUCGAUUUAUCUGAAACUGAAAAUUAUCCAGAAUAUUGUUUUUGUCAGAGCAAAAAAAAAAAUAAGUAAAAUAAAAA